AUGCUCGCCGAAGAGGUGUCUAUUGAAGCUCGUGGCAGGGUCAAUACCAGUACCGGACGAGGAAAACGAGAGGCCGAGGCCGAGGCUGAAGUUGAAGCCCUCGAGGCACGUGGGAGGUUCGGGAGUAAGUCAGAGCCAGCUAUCGGGUCUCCAGCAAGUGGCUCGACCGGAACACGUCGGGAUGCCGAGCCGAUCAAAUUCAGCAGCUGCGGUGGUCAUCGACGAGAUGCGGAUGCAGACACCGGCGACGUCGCUACAUCGAACGAGGGCCUGACCAAGCGUGGUAAGCUUGUCCUAUGGGAUCCGACGGACAACUUGGUCGAGCGAGAACGUGGAUCACGCUGGGGUGGAAGCAAGCGUGGCCUUAUCUCAGCUCGCGGCGACAGCUACCGACGUGAAGCUGAGCCAGCAAGAUGGGGUGGCACUAGUCGUCGCGAAGCUGAGCCCAUCAAAAUUCCAGUAGGUAGCGGCUGCCGUCGGGAUGACUUGAUCGAGCGAGAUCUUGGCCUUAUAAAACACCCUGGAGGUUCUCCUAAGAGAGAUCUUAUCCCAAGUUACAGCGGCAGUUACCGACGUGAAGCUGAGCCGAUCAGGAUCAGCAGCUCUCGUGGUGGUCAUCGACGAGAGGCCGAGCCCAUUGCUCAGUCUAUGGAGAAUCCAGGAGGGGGCCCCAAACGCCGCGAUGCUGCUGCCCAGCCUGGAAGACUUGACAUCGGCAAAGGUCAUGAUCGACGAGAUGCGGAUGCAGAGGCAUCGAACGACGUGGUUGCGCGUGGAAAGGGAGUGCCAUGGACUCCCAAGCGCGAUGCUGAGGCAAUCAAGAUCAACAGCCCUGGCGGCCAUCGACGAGAAGCCGAGCCUAUCAAACGAGCUCUCAGAUCCCCGGUAGGUGGUUCGGACACCGACGGCCUCGCUAUAUCGGACGCGGCCCUGGCCGAACGAGGUCACAAUGUCCCAUGGGGAGGCAAGCGCGCCCCCGAGCCGGCAGACGACUUGGCCGUGCGAGAUCGUGGCUCACGUUGGGGCGGAAGCAAGCGUGGCCUUAUAAAACACCCUGGAGGUUCUCCUAAUAGGGACCUUACACCAGGUCGUGGCGGCUACCCUCGGGAUGCCGCUCCCCUCAGAGUUGCACUAGGUGGCUGCCGUCGGGAUGCUGCUGCCCAGCCUGGGAGAAUCGGUACGGGCAUAACUUGCGGCCGACGAGAUGCUGCUGCAGAGACCAUCGAGGCCCGCCAGAGAAUGAGCUCAGGCACUGGUCGUGGCCGCCGACGAGAUGCCAUUCCGAGAGACCUUCGUGGUAAUGACGCUAAUCCACGAGGCGUCCGCCCGGGCAACGGGAACAACGAAAGAGAUAUCACUGCAGCGACGGUCGAGGCCCGUGGGAGAUUCAGAGGCAAUAGCCGACUUGUUUGA